AUGAAGGUGGAGAGUGCCCUGCCCUGGGCUGUGGUGGCACCUCUAUGGUUCUCUGAGCCUCUCAAGAAAUCCUCCUCAAAGUCGCACAGCCCCUGCACUCUUCAGCCCUUGGAGAAUGACUACCAUCCCUUGGUCUCUGCCCUGGCAACACAGACCAUCCUCAACAUGAGGCCUCCAGAGGAAAAGCCCCUGUCCAGAUUUAACCUGUGUGCCGUGGGCUACUGGCUGCAGAGAACCUGCAGGAGGGUUGAUCCUUUCUCCAAAAAGGACUGGUAUGAUGUCAAAGCACCAGCAAUGUUUAAUAUCCGAAACAUCGGGAAGACGCUUGUCACCAGGACUCAAGGAACUAAAAUCGCCUCUGACGGACUGAAGGGUCGUGUAUUUGAAGUGAGUCUGGCUGAUCUGCAGAAUGAUGAGGUGGCCUUCCGUAAAUUUAAACUGAUAACUGAGGACGUUCAGGGCAAAAAUUGUCUGACCAACUUCCAUGGAAUGGACCUCACCCGGGAUAAAAUGUGCUCCAUGGUCAAAAAAUGGCAGACAAUGAUCGAAGCCCAUGUAGAUGUCAAAACCACCGAUGGUUACCUACUGCGCCUCUUCUGCGUGGGUUUUACAAAGAAGCGUAAUAACCAAAUCCGCAAAACCUCGUAUGCCCAGCAUCAGCAGGUUCGACAGAUUCGCAAGAAGAUGAUGGAAAUCAUGACCCGAGAGGUCCAAACCAACGACCUGAAAGAAGUUGUCAAUAAGCUGAUCCCAGACAGCAUUGGCAAAGACAUAGAGAAGGCGUGUCAGUCCAUUUACCCUCUUCACGAUGUCUAUGUCCGCAAGGUUAAGAUGCUGAAGAAGCCCAAGUUUGAAUUGGGCAAGCUGAUGGAACUGCAUGGUGAAGGUGGUGGUGCUGGAAAACCUUCUGGGGAUGAGGCAGGCACUAAAGUAGAGCGAGCUGAUGGAUAUGAGCCACCUGUGCAAGAGUCUGUCUGAAACUAAAAAUUGAUCGAAAAUAAAAGUUUUAAUAUACAGAACUAAA